AUGAGCGGUUUCACUCAAAUUCUGCUAAGCUUGGCAUUCAAGGCGGCUUUUUGCUGGGCAAAAAGUACUAACUCUGAUCCCGAUGACCUGGACGAUCUGCUGCCAACGCCAGGCUCACCAGACGACGAUAGCUCCCCUGUGGGACCCGGAGAUGACGUUAGUCCGGUAACUGAAGAGAUCUUUUCGUCAUGGGCUCUCUUCAUCAUGCUAUUUCUUUUGAUAUCGGCACUGUGGUCAACCUACUUUCUAGCGCAAAGACGUAUCAAAGCGGUUCAUGAAACCGUGCUAUCAAUUUUCUACGGUAUGGUUGUGGGACUGAUAAUUCGUCUAUCACCGGGACACUACAUCCAGGACGCGGUGACUUUCAACUCCUCAUAUUUCUUCAAUAUCCUGCUACCACCAAUCAUUUUGAAUUCCGGUUAUGAGCUGAAUCAGGUCAAUUUCUUCAACAACAUCGUGUCAAUAUUGACGUUCGCCAUUCCCGGGACUUUCAUCUCGGCAGUAGUCCUUGGGGCUAUAUUAUAUCUUUGGACCGCUUUAGGGCUUGAAAAGGUUGAUAUAUCGUUUGUGGACGCGCUAUCAGUCGGAGCCACUCUCUCAGCAACAGAUCCCGUCACCAUUUUAUCUAUCUUCAAUGCCUACAAGGUUGACCCAAAGCUGUACACCAUUAUAUUCGGUGAAUCUCUUCUGAACGAUGCUAUAUCCAUUGUAAUGUUCGAAACUUGUCAGAAAUUUCACGGGAAACCUGCAACGUUCUCGUCAGUUUUCGAAGGUAUAGGACUCUUUCUCAUGAACUUUACGGUUUCUUUACUCAUUGGUGUGAUGAUCGGUGUCCUAGUGGCACUGUUACUCAAACACACGUUGAUACGGCGCUACCCCCGAAUUGAGAGUUGCUUGGUUUUAAUGAUUGCUUAUGAGUCUUACUUCUUUUCGAAUGGUUGUCAUAUGUCAGGUAUUGUUUCACUGCUAUUUUGUGGAAUCACACUGAAGCAUUACGCCUACUACAAUAUGUCACGAAGAACUCAAAUCACAAUCAAGUAUAUUUUCCAGCUGUUAGCCCAACUUUCUGAGAAUUUCAUUUUCAUUUACUUGGGACUUUCUUUAUUCACUGAGGUCGAGUUGGUUUACAAACCGAUGCUUAUCAUAGUUACUGCCAUUUCAAUCUGCGUAGCACGUUGGUGUGCUGUGUUUCCGCUUUCUAACUUUGUCAAUUGGCUUUAUAGGGUCAAAGCUCAGAGGUCCAUGGGCGUCUAUGGUAAUGACGCAGCAAUUCCUGAUGAGAUUCCAUACCAAUAUCAAAUGAUGACAUUUUGGGCGGGCUUGAGAGGUGCGGUUGGAGUUGCAUUGGCAAUGGGUUUACAAGGUGAUUUUAAAUUUACUUUAUUGGCCACUGUGCUCGUUGUCGUCGUUUUGACGGUGAUUAUCUUUGGUGGUACAACUGCGGGUAUGCUUGAAGUCUUGGGGAUUCAAAUGGGCUGUAUAGACGAAAACGAUGACUCCGAUGACGAAUUUGAUAUUGAAAUGCCCAAGCCUAUCAAUAUCGCUUCCAAUUCAGUUCCUACCUAUUCAGAUGAGAUAUCACAAAAUCAAGCAAUGACUACCUCUCUACCUCCGAACAGUGGUGGACAGUUACUUUCACCAGAUGCUGUGCAGCCAUCAUCGAGACUGUCUUUAGAGAGACAACAUAUUAGAGAAACCCUGAGUACUAUAUUUUCUGCAGAUUCUCAGUGGUUCACUAAUUUCGAUGAGCAAGUCCUUAAACCUGUGUUCCUCGACAAUGUUACAGAUGGCUCUCAAUCAAGGAAAAGCGAUUCUAGUACACCAAAUUUUUUAGGGAGCAGGAGAUGA